AUGUCUUUAGGCGAAGCAAAUGACAUGGUAGACAGCAGCCCUCCGGCUUCACCGCGUCAAAAGCUGGAAGCAGACGAAGAAUUAGUGAACUGGAUCACCAAGCUCGGUGGAGGGUUAAAUUCCUCCGUUGAAAUUUAUAGAGAAGCUGAAAAAGGAGCAUGUCUACGAGUCCGGGACAACGAGACACUGGAUGCUUCUACUGUUGUGGCUAGUUGCCCAAUUUCUGCAACUAUGUCUAUCAUCAACGUGAAGAACUUGGACCCCGAACUACCGCCUCAUGACUUUCGUUGCUCAGAGAGAUUGUCUCAGAGCGUGAGGAAGGCCGUUAUUCUAGCGUUUUUUGUAGCACAUCAACAGCUGAAAGCAAAAGACUCGCACUGGUGGCCAUAUCUAGCUACCCUCCCCAGAGCAGGUGAGCUGACAUCGGCUCUCUUCUAUCAAGGCGAGGAUCUCGAAUGGCUGCAAGAUACGAAUUUUUAUCAUGCCCGGCAAAUGUACCAUGACGCGGUGAAAACAGAAUAUGAUGCUGCGAUAUCUAUCCUACGAAAGGAGGGCUGUCCACUAGUGGAAUCAUAUAGUUGGAACAUCUUCUGCUGGGCAUACACAGUCAUCGCCUCUCGUGCAUUUACAUCAAGAGUAUUAGAGGCUUAUAUUUCCAAAAACCCGGCGCUCAGGCAAGAUGAUGAAUUUCAAAUUAUGCUUCCCCUCGUCGAUUCUUCCAACCACAGGCCAUUGGCAAAAAUCGAAUGGCGAGCAGAGGCUACUAGAAUAGGGUUGAAGGUCAUUGAUCCCGUUUCAGCCAAGGAAGAAAUCCAUAAUAACUAUGGGCCACUCAAUAACCAACAAUUAAUGGCAACAUAUGGAUUCUGCAUUGUUGAUAAUCCAUGCGACUUUAGAGAUUUGAAUGUGAAUGCUCCUCCAGGAACACCUCUGGCCAACGCUCGCCAGUUUCGAUACCAAGAAUUUCACGAGCCACAUGGAAAGCCUUUGGAAGAGAAAUGUUUCCUAUUCAACGUAUCCUAUCCCUUGUCUAGAAAUGAUUUGCUUGACGCCCUUGCCUUGACCCGAUUAACUACCAGGGAGUCCCUAAAUAUUGAAGUAACGGAGGGCCGUACCUAUGCAAACUUUCGCCAUUCAGGAUCUCGUGUCGUCCUUAAUGCAUUAUGUCAAGGCUCUGUUGAGCUUGCAUUUCGGAUUAUCAAAAUUAGACGUGGAGGAUACCUGGAACGACAGCCACAGAACGACAAGCAGAAACUUGCACAGAUAUACCGGGAAAGUGAAUGGCUUCUCUAUAUGACCGGCCUAGUAGUAUGUGAAUGGGCAAUUACCCGAGCGAGAACAUGGGAUCCCCGUGAAUUGGAAACACUAUUUCAGAAACAUCUCUCAUAUAUUCCGUCAUUGGUGGCACGCGAGCAUCUUGGAAAAGUUAUCACAGAAUUGGAAUCAACUGUCGAGCGGCCUGGUGAGCUAUUUCAUUCAAACGAUGUAUUGGAACUGCUAGACUCGACAGAUAUGAAAGUGCUGUUUGGGAAUUUCAUCAAGCAAAUGGUCGACUGUGUCAAUGAAGCUAUUGACCCUUCCACUCGAAACCUGGGGUCGAAUACGGUGGUCUACAGCAUAUUCCUGCUUAUCUGUUUUGGGGCAAAUAAAAUGAAGAAUGGUUCAUCGAGACACGCAUCCGAGGAUAUUUUCCCUAAGCGUGUUGAGGAAUACCUUAACCAGUUAAUUGACUGGUAUCCGGUGGUUGAUUCACAGGCUAUCUUAGACAACCUGGAGGAAGACGUGGAAGGCGAGAUAAGUUCGAUAUACUUGGCAAUAAAGGAGGCGAGAUUGAAAAGUCCUCAUAUUUUCACACCAGUAGAAGGGGUCGUGGGACGUUCUGAUGGGUGGCUAUCUGAAGACAUGCUGAGAUGGGCGGUUUACGUGGUCCAAGAGGAGGAGGUUACCGUCUUAAGAGACCCGCUAGAGAUGGUUUCCAGGGAGCCUGCCAAUGAGCCUGUUCGGAUAGUUACUGAUAGCUAUUUUUACGUGCCUCAGCUCCCUAUCAGUAACUAG